CUCGCCUCUGUUUCCCCUCCUCAUCCCUUGUUCCGCCCCACUGUAUUCCUUUUUGACUCGAAUCCAAGGGAGAGACGACCUGAUCUGGUGGGCUUGUGGCGACAGAGAUGGCAGGAGAAGUCAGCGGAACUGUCCCAUGCAAUGCAAGAGUCUACGUCAAUGGCGUUACCGGUUACUACAUGCGGUUUCAAGCACAUGGACGCAAGUACUCUGUUGACAUUGUGAAGGGGGCACACGGGACCAGGAUCAAGGGGAGUGGCUGGAAGAAAUUCACUUCUGACUUUUCACUUCGGAAGGGUGCUGUCGUCAUUUUUGACUUGGACAUGCAUCCGCGCCAGGCAUAUGUUGUUGUUCAGCCAGUUGAAGGAAGCAUUUCAGACGUGGAUGGUGAUGUAGAGAUGAUAGAUGGAGACAACUCAGAUGUGGAUGAAGACGGUGGCAGCAUACCGAUCGAGUAUACAAGGGGCAUAACUCUGAAUGAUGCACAACAGGACAUUCUCAAUGCAUUGGUGCUCAGCUUCAAGACCGAGUUUUUAGGAGUAUCUUUUGUACACUGUCUUACUACAACCGACACUCAAGCUGGACAAAUGAAAGUGCCAGAGAGGGUUGCUUCAAGCUUGAACAUCCCUAAAGAAGGGUUGGCUGGGGUUUGUCUAAGCAGUGGGGAGGCAAAGACUCGUGUUGAAUACAGCACGUCUACUGAUGGUCGUAUAGCUUUCAACAAAAAGCAAUGGAGGUGUUUCCUCUCAAAGACUACCCUGGUGAUCAAUGACUACAUCUUCAUGUUAUUCAAGGCUAGCAGCAAGUCUUACAUGAAUGUUACCGUCGUCGUCAGCAAGCUUUAA